CUCCCUGAAGGUAGGAAACAUUAGGAUUGCACUGACACCUCCCAGCUGAAUCUGGGGUCAAUUCUUUUGUGGAAGAAAGUUUUUGAAAUGAUGGAGCAGCACUAGAGGUUGGGCCUGGCAGAGGGUGCUGGUGGAAGAACAGGCAGCUGUUACUCCAUGACCACUACAAACUACUUAGCCACGACAUGGGAGGACAGAAAUCACUGCCUGACUAUGACAGGAUGAGCAAUAAUGUUAUUCAUUCCCAAAGCAUGGCGUGGAGGAGGCUACCCCUCCUCGAAUUUAUUGAGGGGCUUUAAAGAGCAGCAUUAACCUGCCUGUCGCAUUGUAAUUGAAUUCGCUCUAAUUUAAACCAGAGAAAUUUGAGGAGUUCAUCCUUCUUCAAUCAAUAAGCUCCCCUUCAGCGACCCAUUUCAAGAUCGCUUCAUAAAAAAUAACGCGCUUUGUUGGAAUAAAUGUGCUCACCCUGGCAGAGCUCAGAGCUGCUUCCACAGGCUCCUCUCUGGAGAAGGGGGCCGUGCUCGCAGCCAUCGAUCCACCAGCACCCCCUCCACAAAGGCACCGCUUGGGUUUGGUCAGGGAACCUUCCCCUGCUCUACAGGAGGUGCCGAUGCUCUGGAGCAGAGCCAGGUGUGUGCACCUGCACUCUCAGGUGUGUGCUCCUGCAUGCUCAGGGGUGUGCAACCCCAUGCUCAGGUGUGUGCACCUGCACGCUCAGGUGUGUGUACCUGCACGCUCAGGGGUGUGUACCUGCACACUCAGGUGUGUGCUCCUGCACUCACAGGGGUGUGCUCCUGCACUCACAGGUGUGUGCUCCUGCACACUCAGGUGUGUGCUCCUGCACUCUCAGGGGUCUGAACCUGCACGCUCAGGUGUGUGUACCUGCACUCUCAGGUGUGUGCUCCUGCACGCUCAGGUGUGUGUACCUGCACACUCAGGGGUGUGCACCUGCACGCUCAGGUGUGUGCUCCUGCACGCUCAGGUAUGUGUACCUGCACGUUCAGGGGUGUGAACCUGCACACUCAGGUGUGCACUUGCACGCUCAGGUGUGUGCACCUGCAUGCUCAGGGGUGUGCUCCUGCACGCUCAGGUGUGUGCACCUGCACGCUCAGGUGUGUGUACCUGCACUCACAGGGGUGUGCACCUGCACGCUCAGGUGUGUGUACCUGCACGCUCAGGUGUGUGCACCUGCAUGCUCAGGUGUGUGUACCUGCACGCUCAGGUGUGUGUACCUGCACGCUCAGGUGUGUGCUCCUGCAUGCUCAGGUGUGUGCUCCUGCACGCUCAGGUGUGUGCUCCUGCACGCUCAGGUGUGCACCUGCACGCUCAGGUGUGUGCUCCUGCACACUCAGGUGUGCACCUGCACGCUCAGGGGUGUGCUCCUGCACGCUCAGGGGUGUGCUCCUGCACGCUCAGGGGUGCUCCUGCACGCUCAGGUGUGCCCUUGCGCCUCCCAGGGCUGCAGGAACCGGCCAGGCUGGAGUAAGGAAUAAGGAACUGAGAGGUGCUGGGCCAGCCUUCUCCGAACGCUAAGGGCUCAGGAUGUGAGGAACAAGAG